CUUCAUUCCACGAGCCGUGGUGAGCCGUUGAUGAGCUAAUGGCGAUUCCCCCGCAGCUGGUGCUACGAAUGGCCCAGGCCGAAAGGCGUGCCGCGUCGCCGCCGCGUGGCAUUGAACGGAUGGUCUCCAUGCCGAACCGUAGAAGCACUGAUGGCAUCAACUUCGAACGCAGCUCGCCCACCUCGGCCCACCGGCCGGUGGCUCGUCCCAUGGCACAGGUGCCACAACACAUGCCGCAGCACAUGCAUGGUGUGCCCAUGGAUGGAAGGCCGCGCGUCUUGCACGCGUCACACGUGGCACCGCCUGGUCAAUGGAGCAGCCCCAGGAUGGCUCCAUUGUCAUCCACAGCAAGGACUCAGCUGAAUGCUGCGCCCUGUUUGGCUUCUCCACGACCUCUCCAAGAGGCUGCCGCCCUGGACAUGCUGAGCAGAUCUAGCAGAGAGCUGCAGGUGCCUCCUGGGGUUGUUGGACAUGUUGGACUUUAUCAGAAUGCUCGCGCCAGCAUUGUGACAGGUCCUCCAGCUUUAUGGGGAGGGUCUCCACCGCUGUCUCCACGCUUUGCGGUGUCACCCAGGGGGUACCAGGCGGCGUACCAGGCCGAGCGCCCUGGGGGCCCUGCCAACGCUGCCAACGGCCUGUGGGAGCAGCAUCGUCUUCAAGCGAUGCAACAGCUGCGGCGGACCCAAGGGACCCAAGGCGAGGCCAAACACCAAGGUCACCAAGGUCACCAAGGCUACAUCCUCGAAGCGGAGCCAUCACAGAGAUACAUCAUCCCGGUGGGCCACCAACCGACCAGCCACCUGGUACCUGCCGAGCCCAGCUUGGACGCUUCCACCAAGCGGUCGGAAGCAGCGGCAGCUGCAACAGCCGCGGUUUUGGCGCCUGAAGUGCGCCAGAUGGAAAGGCCUGAGGCAAGGGAGGCUCCAAAGCAAGGGUCAGGACCGUCCCCACCCAGAGAGAAGAGCUAUUCGACUCCGGGGCUUGCUGAAUCCCCACGACCGGAAGCAGUUGAGGAGCCGCUCCAAGCAACAUCUCAGCUGGUCGCAGAUCGGGCACCUGCGUCAGAGGUUCCAACAUUGGACCUGGGGCAACAGCCCGUGGAAGCGGAAGCCGGCGGCCAGUCUGGCCAGGAGGAGCCCGAACGCAAGUCCGCGUCGUUUGACUCCCCCCGAGACGCUUGCAACAAGAAUCCUGGGAAGGCGACCGAGUUAAUGGAUCGGAUUGCCCAACUAGAGGCGCAGGUCAGCGACCGUGCCACCCUCCUGGCGCGACUGAAUCGCCAGCAAGCGCAAUUGGAUCGCCUGGAGGCGCUGGCUGAAGAGAACGCAUCUCUUCGCACGCAGCUGCGGCGACGUGGUGCGGCCAAGGGGGAUACGCCUCCAAUGAGCGCGAGGGGAGAACUGAGUCGUGAACGAGGUGCUGUUGAGACACCCACCAUGGCACGGCGUUUCCGCACAGCACCUGGGGAGGUGCAAACGCAUGCUGAUGCUCCUGUGGUGCUCACUGCACGGUCUCCCAGACCCGAGGGCAAAGUUGCCAUGGUAGAGAAAACCUUGGCAGAAUUAGAAAAGGCAUUGGGAUUACAGGGCCAGCCUGGCAGCAAGCAGAUCAUCCUAGAAACUUGAUGCCUGAAGCCAGUUGCAAUGACAGCAAUGGUCAUGUCAUUGAGUGCAAAA